CGGCGUGUGAGGAAGUGGCUUCAGUGAGGGCGGAAGGCGGGGCUCUGGGCACGCCUGCCUGUUCCCCCGCCGGGCUGUGACUAUGGAACUCAGCGCGGAGUACCUCCGCGAGAAGCUGCGGCGGGACCUGGAGGCAGAGCAUGUGGAGGUGGAGGACACGACUCUCAACCGUUGCGCGACCAGCUUCCGAGUCCUGGUGGUGUCCGCUAAGUUCGAGGGAAAGCCAUUGCUCCAGAGACACCGACUGGUGAAUGAAUGCCUAGCUGAAGAGCUCCCGCACAUCCAUGCCUUUGAGCAGAAAACUCUGACCCCAGAGCAGUGGACCCGAGAGCGGCGGAAAUGAGGGACCCGGGCCUGAACAGCCAUUAAUUAAAUUGUAAAUCAGG